UGGUCUGUGGUGAAUCUGUCCCAUUCUGUAGGCUUGCGUUAGAUUUAUUUUACAUGUUGAUUGUUUGGAAAAAAUAAUCCGUCGUCAUUUCUUAAUGGAUUUUCCCAGCUUCGAUGUUUCUAUUCUAAUGUUUGGUUUCGUGUUUUUCGUGCUUAUGGCGCACACCGCUAAUGGAGACGUGAGCUAUUCUUUUCCAGAGGAAAUGAAGCGCGGAUCUGUGAUAGGAAAUAUAGCCAAAGAUCUCGGGCUCGAUGUAAACAGACUGUCAUCUCGUAAGGCUCGCAUUGACAAGGAAGGUAACAUAAAACUAUAUUGUGAAAUUAAUCUGAAUACUGGAGAACUGACCGUAGCGGAGAGGAUCGACAGGGAGGUGCUUUGUGGAAAGAAAUCUUCAUGCGUUAUAAAACAGGAGCUCGUGUUGGAAAAUCCUUUAGAGCUGCAUCGCUUUAUACUCAAUAUUCAGGAUAUAAAUGAUAAUUCACCACAGUUCAAAGAAAAUGUCAUUAAAUUCGAAAUACAGGAAUCAGCUGUCAAAGGAUCUCGUUACUUAUUAGAUGAGGCCCACGAUGCGGAUAUUAAUGUGAAUUCAGUGCAGACAUAUACAUUACAAAACAACGAGAACUUUAUUCUAAAUAUCCUUACUGGGGCAAAUGGAGAAAAAUAUGGAGAGCUUGUGCUGAAUAAAGAGUUGGAUCGUGAGCAGCAGAAAGAGGUGACUUUAAUUCUUUCUGCGGUUGAUGGUGGUACUCCACCGAGAUCAGGUACUGUAGCCAUACACGUCACUGUGCUCGAUGCUAAUGAUAAUGCUCCAGUCUUUAGUCAGGCCGUCUAUAAAGUGAAUCUGCCUGAAAAUUCUCCUGUAGAUACUGUAGUCGUUACAGUGAGCGCUAAUGAUGCUGACGAGGGGCAAAACGGAGCGGUGACAUAUGCUUUUGGGCAUUUACCGGAGAAUUUCCUUCACCUAUUUUUACUAGAUGCAGUGUCUGGCAAAAUUAAACUGACAGGGCGUAUUGACUAUGAAGAGGAGAGUUCAAUCGAACUGCCCAUUCAAGCUAAAGACGGGCAAGGACUAGCUGGUCGGUCCAUUGUAUCAAUAGAUAUUCUUGAUGUCAAUGAUAACGCCCCUGUUAUAAUAAUUAAAUCUCUUAAUAGUGCCGUUUCCGAGAACGCGUCACCCGGUACAGAGGUUGGCAUCAUUAAUGUGCAGGACAGAGACUCUGAGAAUAACGGACAGGUGCGCUGCUUCAUUCAGCAAAACGUCCCAUUUAAACUCGUACCUUCAAUCAAAAAGUAUUAUUCUCUAGUGACCACAGGUGAAUUAGACCGCGAGUUAGUGUCUGAUUAUAAUAUCACAAUUACUGCUACUGAUGAGGGAACUCCACCUUUAUCUUCCACUAAGAAUAUUCACUUUACUGUAGCUGACGUGAAUGAUAAUCCACCUGUAUUUAAAGAGCAGAAUUACAGAGCUCACGUGCAAGAAAAUAACCAACCGGGCUCCUCUAUUUGUUCAGUAUCAGCUACAGACCCGGACUGGAGACAGAAUGGCACUGUUGUUUAUUCUCUGUUACCUUCUGAUGUCAAUGGCGCACCGGUUUCCUCGUUUUUAUCUGUUAACGGAGAUACCGGGGUCAUUCAUGCCGUGAGGUCAUUUGAUUACGAGCAGUUGAAAAGUUUUAAAGUGCUGGUGUUAGCCAGAGAUAACGGUUCUCCUCCUCUGAGCAGUAACGUUACAGUGACUAUCUUAAUAACGGAUGAGAAUGACAACACCCCUCAGAUAUUAUACCCCUCUCCGGACGGAAACUCCUUCAUGACCGAGAUGGUACCCAAAGCUGCGCAGGCUGGCUCCCUUGUGUCCAAGGUGAUCGCAGUGGACGCGGAUUCAGGACAGAACGCGUGGCUCUCCUAUCACAUCAUUAAAGCCAGUGAUCCGGGACUUUUUACUCUCGGUAUUCACAGCGGAGAGAUCAGGACACAGCGAGACCUUUCUGAAUCUGACAGCAUGAAACAAAACCUUAUUGUCUCCGUGAGAGAUAACGGACAGCCCCCUCUCUCUGCCACGUGCGCAUUAUAUUUACUUAUAUCGGAUAAUUUGGCUGAAGUUCCAGAACUAAAAGACAUGUCUCAUGACGAGAACAGCUCCAAACUCACUUUUUAUUUGAUCAUCGCGCUGGUCUCUGUAUCCACUUUCUUUUUGACGUUUAUCAUCAUUAUCCUGGCCGUGAGGUUUUGUCGCAGAAGAAAGCCUAGACUUUUGUUUGAUGGAGCUGUAGCCAUUCCCAGUGCGUAUCUCCCUCCAAAUAACGCAGAAGUGGAUGGAGCAGGAACUCUCCGUAGUGCUUACAAUUAUGACGCAUACCUGACCACGGGCUCGCGCACGAGCGAUUUCAAGUUUGUCAGAUCUUAUAAUGAGGGUACGCUGACUCCUGACCUGACGCUGAAAAAGACUCAGUCUGCUGUAGAUGAUCUUGAUGGGCUUGAUGCACACAUGCGUGAUUCCUUUCAGGUAAUAUUAAUGAAUCCCUUCUUUUUUGCGAUGUUUCUGGUGAAGUAG